AUGCCUUCGAUCCGCUACGUCAACCAGUCAGCUCCCUUCUGGGACUUCGUUGCCAGUCUUGAGAACCAAGGCUCCAACCACCCCUUCUUCGCUCAAGGCUCUGACGAAGAAGCUCAAUGGGAUCCCUGGGGCUGGGCUCGUCCCCCUCACCGCGGCGGCUGGCACAGAGGUCCUCGACAUGGUCCUCCUCACCACCGCCACGAAGGGCCAGCAGGUCCGUCUGAGUCUCCCCGAGGUCCCUCUCCACCUCCACCUCCACCAGGCCACGAUGGGCCUGCUCCACCACACUAUGAGGGCCCUCCCCCACCAGCGCCUCCACACCACGAAGGCCCGCCACCACCAGAGCAUGAACAUCACGGCCCGCCACCUCAUCACCGCGGUGGCCCCUGGGCUGGCCGUCGCGGCGGGCGCUGCGGCCAAGGUGCUCGCGGAGGGUCGGUGGGCGGCCCUUUUAAUCUCGGUGCCCUAGGCGAGUUCUUCCAGUCUCAGGUAUUCGGCGACAAUACCGAGACCGGAGCUGCGGCCCCGAAGAGCGAGCCGGCAGCUACCUCGGACUUCACCCCCGAAGCCGACGUCUUCGACACUGAGUCCGCUUACAUUGUCCACCUCUCCCUGCCGGGUGCCAAGAAGGAAGACCUGGGCGUGAACUGGGACCCCGAGAAGAGCGAGUUGAGCGUCACGGGUGUGAUUCACAGGCCCGGUGACGAGGAGCUGUUGAAGACGCUGGCGCUGGAUGAGAGAAAGGUCGGGCCAUUUGAGAGGAAGGUCCGGUUGGGAAGCAGGGCGAAUCCAGCACAAGUGGACGUUGACAUGAUCACCGCGAAGUUGGAAGAUGGUAUCCUUAGAGUCGAGGUCCCCAAGCUCGACAAGGACUACGUUGAGAUCAAGAAGGUCGACAUCGAGUAG